UGUUUAGGUGUAAAACCUUUUAAGGAUCCGGUUAAAACUUUGACUUUUGUUGUUUAUUUAUUUUUCUUUCCUGUAAUAUUGCAAGUUAUUCUUAUCAAUAUAAUUUAUAUUUCAGUAUUAAACCGUACUUAUGAAAAAUGUAGCUAAUGAAUAUAACGCUACAUCUGCGUCAUUCAUUACUUAUUUAAGUCUCUUGCUAGCUUGCUAGUUACUAUCAAGCUAAUAUCGGUGUUUACAACAACUAGCUAAGUUAGCCUAAGAGCGAUACUCAGUUUGCAGGUAUACAAUUUCUCCUUGAUUUGUACAUUAAAUAAAUUUUUUUUUUAAAUGUCGUGCACCCUGGAAAAGGUUUUGUCUGAUGCUCGGACUUUGCUGGAGCGGUUAAAAGAGCACGACACUGCAGCCGAGGGUCUGAUCGAGCAGUCUAGUGCUCUCAACCAGAGAAUACACUGCAUGAAGGAAGUCGGAAACGCUCUUCCUGACAAGUACAUGGAGACAAUUCCAGGAUAUCAGGAGCUGUCCAAAACCAAACCGCACAUUCUUCUGACCCAGGAGAACACCCAAAUCAAGGAGCUUCAGCAAGAGAACAAAGAGCUCUGGCUUUCUUUGGAAGAGCAUCAGUAUGCCUUGGAGUUAAUUAUGGGUCGAUACCGGAAACAAAUGCUGCAGCUGAUGAUGGAAAAGAAGGAGAUGGAUACCAAACCUGUGCUCAGCCUUCAUGAGGACCAUGCCAAAGAGGUGCAGGGUCAACUGGAGCGGAUUUGUGAGAUGGGCCAGGUAAUGCGCAGAGCGGUACAGGCGGAUGACCAGCACUACUGUUCUGUAAAAGAGAGACUGGCUCAGCUGGAGAUUGAAAACAAGGAGCUGCAUGAUCUCUUGUCCAUCAGUAAAAAUAUGUUAAAGCCAAAGCGGGAGGAAGCGAGCCAACCGGAUCCAGAGUCCAAGCCCAAAGAUACUGACAAGAAGUGAUGCUGUCUAAAGACAUAAACCAUCAUCCUGCUUUAUGGCUACAGUCUGGUGCAGUUUCCGUCCUACCUUCUCAGGUUACCUGUUGGUGUACAUGUGUGUUGUGGCUUUUUGGUGUUGCUGACUUGUCUCAGUGUAACCUGGCCUCUUCUAACCCGCUGAAUGGAGUAGUAGAGUGAAAAAUUGUUUUCUGUUUCUCUCAGGAAAGACUAAUAGCCUCUGGUUGUCUGUUUAAACAGAAGGCAAAUUUAUGACAAAUGAAAAUGUUCAUGCAGCCUGUUUAUAUAAGCCUUUAAAAUGAACCUCAACAUAGUGCCUUGCAAAAGUAUUUAAACCCUCUACAUAUUGUUAUGCGUUGACAUGGAAACCAAAGCCUUCAUACUGAUAUAAUAGCUGAUUUUUAGACAGAAUCAGCACUGAAUUAUUUUCUGUCCAGUGCACUCGUGCCAAUCCUGUUGGCAUUUUAAUUAAGAAAUUAAACCUUGAUUAUUCCUCCCACACCGUGAGAUAUUGUUUUAGGAAAGAAGGAGAGAGAAGCCAAUCUAAUUUUAUAAUUAGACACAAACUUUAGUAAGAUAACUCAAUUAGGAUGGCCAUAAAUUAGCUACUACUUCAAACCAUAAUUACUAUUUAAAGUAGUAGCUAGUUUAUGGCCAUUCUAUAAGUAUAAUAUAAUCAAAGUGCCCAUGAAAAAGGUCAGUGUGAACACAUUAUUCUUUAAUGAUUAUAUUUGCGGCAUCCACUUAGCAUACUAGAGCACUGGAUAUUAUUGGGGUUUGUAAUAUUCUGUUUAAGUGUUUUAUUCAGCAUAACCUUGGGUGCUGCCUAAAGAAAGGUUCUGGAUGGUUAAAUACUUUUACAAGAUGCAAAUUCACUUUAAAAAAAAAAAAAAAUUUAUUUCUCCUAGUUAUGCAACCUUGUAUCUGAAUGGCCUGGUAGUUUUUAUUUAAUUUUUUAUUUAAUCAUAACGUGAACUUUUCAGUUUUAAUAAUUCAACACAUGACUCUAGGGUGAAAGAUGGUUCUGGUUGUUCAGACAUUGUGUACUUUAUGAUGGUAGGUAAGAACGAAAGAACAUUGUUCCAUGAUAAAGAAUAAAACUUUUAGUGUUGUGCAUGUCCUUGUAUUAUUAGGUUGUUGUGUUCUAUUGUCUUAAUAUGUCUUUAUUUUGUUUUUAAAUAUGUCAAACAUGAGAAAAUUUUAAAAAGUAAAGAUGUUAUAAAUUGGUAACCAUU